UCGACUAUAGGAGCACGUGGCUUGUUGGAAUAUUGCGGUACAUGUUUUUAUUCUGAUGUGCAAUUAAAUAUCACUGUAAAAGUAUUUAGAUUUUAAUUUAAAAUUGAAAUUUGACGUGCGAAAGAAAAGACAUAUAUUUUAAAAUGAUAAAUAAUACUGAGAAAGGAAAGAAACGGCAAGCCGAAGAUAAUGCUAUGGAGGUUGAAGUGGUAAAUGGUAUUGAAAGAAAAGUUAAAUCUGGAUCUCCUGCUAAAAAAAUCAAAAAAGUAUAUGGUGAACUUCGAAAGAUACCUGUACCUGCACAUAGGUAUACUCCGCUCAAGGAAAAUUGGAUGAAGAUAUUUACUCCUAUUGUCGAACAUCUACAAUUACAAAUACGUUUCAAUUUAAAAACAAGGAACGUAGAAAUUCGUACUGCUCCUGAAACCACUGCUAUUUCCAAUCUUCAAAAAGGUGCAGAUUUUGUUAAAGCAUUUAUAUGUGGCUUCGAAGUAGAAGAUGCUCUAGCUUUAUUACGUUUAGAUGAUUUGUUUGUCGAGACAUUUGAAAUUCAAGAUGUAAAACCUUUAAAAAGUGAUCACUUAUCUAGAGCUAUAGGAAGAUUAGCAGGCAAAGGAGGUAGAACGAAAUUUACAAUUGAAAAUGUUACAAAAACAAGAAUCGUUCUAGCCGAUACUAAGAUUCAUAUACUUGGAUCUUUCCAAAAUAUACAAUUAGCUCGUAGGGCUAUUUGUAAUUUAAUAUUAGGAAGUCCACCGUCCAAAGUGUAUGGUCAUUUAAGGAACAUUGCUAGUAGGGUAUCUGAAAGAUUGUAAUAUUAUAUAAGAAAUUGUAUAAAAUGGUUUCUUUUUUUGUAUAUAUAUAUAUGUAA